UUUUGAUAGACAUUUGAUUUGUGUUGUGUGCGAGUGUCUAGGGUUUUGCGUUUUGUGUGUUCUUUGCGGCGCGCAGCAAAAGAGAAAGAGAAAGAGAUAGAGAUAGAGAUAGAGAUAGAGAUAGAGAUAGAGAUGGGGCACUCCAAUGUCUGGAACUCUCACCCCAAGACCUAUGGACCUGGUUCCCGCGCCUGCCGUGUGUGUGGGAACCCUCAUGCAAUUAUCCGCAAGUAUGGGCUUAUGUGUUGCAGGCAGUGCUUCCGCAGCAAUGCCAAGGAAAUUGGAUUCAUUAAGUAUCGCUGAAGGAUUCAUUUCCACUUUGAUAUGAUGAUGCUGCGGGGAUGUUCUUUUUUUGUUUGACAAUCAUGUCACAUUUAGUAAAUUUAUUUUGUGUAUCAUUGUUUUGAGCUAUCUGCAUCUUUCUCAGUGAUUCUAUUUUGCGAUUAUAUUUGUGUGGUGUCUGUUCUACGAUAAACCAAAUGCCUUUACUCUGAAUUUUAUGAUUAUAGCAGGGGAAGGUGACUUUUCUGUGUCA